AUGCACGAGGAAGACUGCAAGAAAUCAUUGCUCGAUGGCAUGGAACGGUGUGAUUCGGACAGUACGGAGACGCAUGGAGAAACAGCAUCGAUGGGAUGCCUCGAUUAUAGUCUCGAUCUCAGUGGUGUGACCCAAGACGAUAAUUCCCCAUGGGACGAGAGAACGAAAUAUUCCCCGCCGGAAUCAGCAGAGCGUGCGAACGGUGACGGCGCGAACCAGGUCCUUUGUUACACGGAAGGUCAACCUGGAAUGGCCCUGACGGAGGAUCAAACAAACGAAGCGAUCGUAGCCUACUGCAACAACGAAGUCGUGCUUGCGGGCAUUGAGAAAUACGGCGAGAACAUCUUCGACUAUCUUCCCAAAGGCCAAACUCGAUUCUACAAUGAUGAUCGCUAUAAGUGCGUCUAG